AUGUCCGAGGUCGUAAGAGUUAAAUAUCAAGCCAAAACCAGGCUCGACGCAACUGUUGCCACUAUUGAUCGUGCCAUCGACAUUUUUGCCACCACAGAAGACGUCUCACGAUUUCCACCUGCUGUUACCAGCGUGGCUACUACUUUGCCGCGGUUUGCAAAAUUCCUCGCCGCGGUGCAAGCAGACCUACAAAGCUCUGCCUCAGAUGCGAUGGCAGUUGAAAAAUAUAGAACUAUUCAGGACGUCGCCUUAGAGCUUGCACCGAAUGCUCAGCGAAUUGAGGACCUUUGUUUCAUGUUCUCUAACGCCGAAGACUGGAAAGCAGAAUAUGAGCGCGAGGCUGCGAAUGGCAAGCUACUAGAGCAGGCCUUGAAGUGUUUAUUGAACAGUGCGAAACGAGUCGCUAAGGAUACCUAUGUAGAGGAGGAGCAGUCUAAGCUUUUGCAAAGUCUGUUGAAAGAGGCGAGUGAGAUACCGCCUUCUUUUGCAAAGCCUUCCAGAGGCAGUGUUACGCUGAAUCAGCAUGGCAAUGGGAAUCAGUUCACACAUUUCGGAGAAGGGAAUCAAAACUAUUCUACAGGUGGACAGAUGGUAACGGGGGAUAACCGCCACCCGACUUUCAACUAUACUGGUAGCUGA